AUGAGCUCCAACCACCCCGAGCAGACAUUCCCCCGCCUUCACAAUGCUGUCAUUGGCAACUUAAACAACAUUCUCAAGCCAAGACCUUACUUCAAACGAGGGAGCCGUGAAAUCCUCAGCAAUUUUACCAAAAAAUACUCCACCUUUGUGAUGGCCAGCUUCACCUGUGAAAAUUCUCAAUGUUCCAAGGCUGGCUGGAGGAGCGGAAAGGUCACCAUUCUGAUCCGGGGCUACGAAAACAACGGAUAUCAUGCCACUAUUUUCAACCAGCGAUGCGAACGAUGCAAGAAAUUUGGCAGUUUGGAGUUGGAUGAGUCCGCCUACAUUGACCGAGUCUGUUAUCGACUGAAAAAAUGGGCCGGGAUCAGCUUGGAAAUGCGAAGCUCAAGGGACUGGAAAGGAACGCCGCCUCACAAGAAACACCUAUGUGAAGGGUGCAGAAAAGGGUUUUGUGAAGGCUGA